UGCUGACAUGCAGUACGUCCAUCCAGCAGACUUGCAUGGAACGUGUCCUCAAAACAAUUUUUGCACUUUCAGCAGCGUUUACCGAUUAACCGUCUUUUAGUCCGGUGUAAGUUGCCGGGACAGUCUAGAUACGUGCUGGGACUCGCGCGCUGUCUUUCAGUAGGACGACUAAACACCGUCUUGACCCAAACAGAAGGUUGAGCCUGCUCUGCAGCAGGAUGAAUAUUGGUUCUAAAAACAAGAAGAGGGUGGUUCUGCCCAGUCGUCCUGACCCCCCUACUGUGGACCAGAUCCUGGAGGACAUCGACAGAGCCACUCCCAAUGACCCUGUCUUCAGCAUCCUGGAGAAGACUGGACAAGAUUCGCACCGGCCCUCAGACAGCGACGUGGACUUGCGAUUCCAGCAGUGUCAACAGUACCUGGAGCUGAAUGAGCGGCUGCAGGAGUCGCGAGGUCGACUGUUGCGACAGAGGGAGGAGCUGCGAGUGGCGGGCGAGCAGCUGCAAAGUGACAUGGCAGAGGUCAAAGGUCAAACACUCUGACUCUACCUUCUGUUGGAGACUUUCCUCUUCUUCCGGGACUUUGUUUGUCAGACCGUUGUCAGGCGGUGAUUCACCUGAAUCAUGUCCAAAGUGCCCUUGAGCCAGACACUGGCGGGGCCUCAGGAGCCCCGGUGUAGGCGGCUCCUGACCUCUCACCUCACACCUGAAAUAUGUAUUUUUGUGUGAGGGUUGCUGCUGAUGUUACCAGUGUGAAAUGGUUUUGCAUUAGCGGUAACUUGCAUACAGCUGAAAGUACACCGUACAAUAAGGCUGAUAUCUUUAUCAUUAUCAAUUGAUGAAGCAAUUUACUCCAAUUAAUCAUUUGAUAUACAACAUAUCGUCAUAAAUGACAAAUUAGCAGAGUGAAGCGAUGUUACAUUUGCAUAUUUUUCCUGGACACUACUCGGUAAAAACAUAAUUUGUUUUGAAGUGAAGGAAAGCAAACUAAUUGUUAUGUUUAAGAAUCAAAGGAUGUGAUAAUUGUCAAUCGUCAAAAUUGUCGUGUCAUGGAUUUAUCAGUCAUAUCAGCAUCUUUGUAAAGUGUUGAGAUGUGAAGUCAAUAUUCGUCUCGAUUUAUUCCCUGAAUGUUCAGUUUGUGUUAAUUCACCUUUCUCUUGGUUUCCCUUCUUAUUUCGGUUAGUUCCUGAACUUGAAGUCCUGUGAGAGUAUUCAAGAUUAUCCUGUUAUUGGAAAUUCAACACAAUUAAAUUAUUGUGAAUGUUUUUUAGUUUUUUUUAUUGCAAUCACUAUCGUCCCAUCCCUAACCUACAUGUGGCAUUGCAUAUUUAAUUGAAGGAUAAAGCUUCACCUCUUUUCUGGUGUCAAUAUGAAUAUGUUCGUACUAGAUAUUAAAAGAUUUCUUCCUGAUGUUCUUUCAACACAAAUGAUGGAGGACAAAAUCCAUAGUCCUUGUUUUGUUCCAAAGUUAUUUGAAGCUAACAUGAGGCUUCCUCAGCCUGAAGUGAUCAAAUGAAGAUAUCAUUCAAUGUUACCGUCUUUUUAGUACAAAAUUCAGUGUUUUUCUUACUAUUCCUUCACUGUAGCUCGGCGAGGCAACUCCCUAAAAGACGGCAUUUGGUACUAAAAGGACUGACUUUGGGAGAUAUCCACAUGGUCUCUCUAACUGCUGAAGCAUGUCGUUAACUUCAAAUAACUUUAUAUUUUAGAGAAUUUCAUCCUGCAUCCCUUCUUUUGUAAUGUAUCUUAAGAUAAUCAUUGAGUGGCAAAAUUUAUAAAUUGCUGACAAACACUGUAGGUACUGGAAAAAUCUGAAUAAAUACUAAUUACAUA